AUGUUUCAUAUUUACCUUAACGAGUCACCAAAAUUUUGGCACCCCCCAAUAAAUUAUAUACGAAAUUUGACUCGAAUAAAUGGAGAUAUAAAAAAAAAAAGCAAAUAUGUUUUUCAUUACAAUAAAUAUAGAAGCAUAACACAUAGUAACUAUAAUAAAAAUGAAGCAAUUGGCCAAGAAAGAAUUGAUAAAACAAAAAAACAGUGUCCACCGUGUUUUAUUUUUCGAAAAUAUAAUUAUAUUUGUGAAGGAACAAAUAUAAAAAUAUGGGAAAAAAUCUCUCUCAAAAAAAAUAUUAAUAUAAGUUCUAUAAAAAAUUUAUAUAUAUUAGAUUCAAAAGGUAGAAAAAGAGCAUCAAAAAAGAGUAACAGUCAUUAUAUAGAUAAUGUAAAAUAUGAACAUAAUGGAAAUAUAUUUCAACAACCCUCGACCUUACGAAAAAAUAAAAAUAGAGCACUAAAGAAUAUAAUAAAAACUAAAUUAGAAAAGAAAAAAAAAGAAGAAAGAUAUAAGUCUAUUGAUGAUAUAAAAAAUGGUAAAGAGAAUAAUAUAGAAAAAGAAUGUAGUAAAGAUGGAGUUAAAUUUUUAAAUGUUUUAUAUAGACUUAUAAAAAUAUCAAAAAAAAAAAAAAAUAUUAUGAAUGAAAAUAUAGAAAAUGGAUUAAAUAGAAGAAUGGUAUAUUUUAUAAAAAAUGAAAAAGAUAUGAGAAUAAUAUUUUUAUUAUUACACACAUUAAAUAAACUAGUAUGUAUAAAUAAUUUAAUAAAACAUAAUUUGAAUGAUGAUAUAUAUAAAAUAACAGACUCAGAAUUAUUAUCAAUAGUACUUCGAAUAUUAGUAAAUUCUUUUUAUAAAGACAAUAAAAUGUUAUCAAAUAUUAUGAACAAGUUAAAAGAAAAUAUUGUAUUAGGUACAUGUACUCCCUUAACUAUUAGUAACACUUUUUAUUCUUAUUCAAUAUUAUAUAAAAGAAAUAUGAUUGAAUUUGAAAGUAUGCCUUUACAAGAAAUUAUUCAAAUUAUAUCAAAUUAUUAUACAUGUUUUUCGAACAUAGAAUUAUGUGAUAUUUUGGAAUGCUUUGGAAUUAUAUUGGCUUCAAAAAAGACUAAAGAAAUAAUUUAUGAACAAAUUGAUGAUAAUGUCAGAUAUGAUAAAUUAAGAGAAACUAUUAAACAAGAUAAAAUUUUUCAUAAAAAUUAUAGUAAAUUAUUAUUGAAUGUAGGAAAUUACCUUAUAAAUAAUGAUAUAAAAAAAAAUGUGAAUUUUCAUAAUUUAAUAAAAUUAAUAUAUUCUUAUGCUAAGUGUAAAAUAUAUCAUGAAAAUUUUUUUCUUUAUUUAUAUCCAACUUUAGUGAAAAAUAUAAAAUACUAUAAUGAAGAUAUUAUGAGAAAAAAAGUGUUUGAAAGUUACAAAAUAAAUAUGAAUUGUAACACAAAUUUGGAUGGAGAUAAAAAAGAAGAUAAUGUAAACAUAGACAAGGACAAAAAUAGUAAAUUUCCAUCAUUAUAUUUUUUAAUAAACAAUAAUGAACAAAAUGAAAUAAUAAUGAAUAUGACAAAAAAUGUAACUUAUAUUUUAUAUUCGUAUAGCAAGUUUAAUAUGCAUAUUGAUGAAUUAAAUAAUGAGAUAUUAUUAUUUUUACAAAAUAUGUAUACUUAUAUGGAUUACACAUAUUUAUCCCAGUGUUUAAUUUCUUUGACAAAAAUAAAUUGUAAUAUAAAUAUAUUAUUGUCAAAAAUACAUCACAGUCAUUUUAAUGUCAAUUCAAAUUAUAUAUAUCUUUUUAGAAAUUGUACAUCCAUAGAUUUAAUGAAUUAUUUAUUAAGCUUUAGCAGAAAUUUAUAUAUGAAAAAAGAUGUCUAUAAUAUAUUAGCAGAACUAUUUAUUAAUAAUAAUAAAAUAUAUACAUUAGGACAUACUGAUUUAGUUAAUAUAAUUUAUGCAUAUAGCAAAAUAUAUUAUAUUCAUAAUAAAUUAUUUACAAUUGUUGAUAAUAUUCUUAUUUCGAGACUUGAUAUAAAUCAAAAUUAUUUAUCACCUCAACUUGCAAUUAAAUAUAUAAAUUCAUGUGCAAAAAUAUCAUAUAAAAAUGAUAAUAUUAUAUAUAAAAUUGUAGAAAUUGCACACAAAAAUAAUUUUCAAAAUAUCCAAAUUUUUGAUUUAUUCAAACUCUUAUCAAGUUCAAAAAGAUUAAAUUUAAAUUUCAAAACUUUAGAAAACCAUAUACAAAUGAUAUCUCCAAAUUUUACCCUGGAUUCACCAACUUAUCAAAACUUUUACUACAAAGCUUCAAAAGAUAUUCAUGUUCGAAAAAAAAAAUGGAUAUGGUAA